GAAACCUCAACUGAGAAUUCAAUUGAGAAUUUAAUUGAGAAUUCAAUUGGGAAUUCAAUUGUGAUCUCAAUAGAAAUUUUUCAGUAGGGUAGUUAAAUGACAAGGUUACUAGCAUAUACCACUAACCUUACAAUAUAACUUAUAGUACAGUAUUAUUUUAAGGUUAAUAGAAUCACUUUUUAAAUUGCAGUAAUUGUCAUGUUUUUGGCGUAUGUUGAUAUAUCAAUAUUCUAUUUCUUUCGCUCAGUAUUGGUUGCGUACAGAAAGCAGUUUUGUGAGUGCUCAAUGACAAGGACUCAUUAAUGAUAUGAUUUGUGAGAUUUUUUCUUAUCCCAUACAGCACAGAUCUUGCAGUAAUAUUGCUGCAACUUGCAGCAAUGUUAAAAAUUGCAGCAAUGUUGUUGCAAUGUUGUAGCAAGAUCUGUGCUUUAUGGGAUGCUUGGUCGUGUUCAACAACGUUGGUCGGAUGCUUUCCUUCUCUCUUUAUCUCAUUCUUGUAUCUCUUUCACUGAAAUGUAACGCGCGCACACGAAUGCGUUGUCGAACUUAGCCCUGUAACCCUGUUUACAUGCCUGACGUCUCAGCCAAUCUGAACUAUCGACGGGGAAUAUCACAUUAGGCACUAUAAAUGCUUCGAAGCGCUAUAUGGACCAUAUACCGAACAAAUUUCCGUUAGUGGUAAAAGCGAAGGAGUUAAACAGUGAAGGAGUACAAAAUAAACCGUUAGAAUAUAUUGAAGCUCCGCAUUUCGACAAAUUAACAUUUUGGGGUAUGUAACUCUCCAUCUCAUCUGUACUUUAAUAAAAUCCUGGUAAUAUAAAAUUUAUACGUAAUAUUUAUUUGUAUAUUUCAAAAUUGUGAGGUUAAGUUAUCAGUCUGUGUUUUAUCGUAUGUUAUAGCGACAAAAUCCUUAUUAUGAGUGGAAUACGCAAAUAUAAAAUAUAUUCUAAGGGUCAUCUUAGACGCUUGGCUAGAUUAGAAGCCGUCUUUUUGUAGAAAUGUAUUACAAGCACAACAAACUUUGUCUUGCAGUAGUUCUAGUGCAAUGAAUACAGAAUGUAAUGAAAUGUAAUGAAAUGUAAUGAAAUGUUUGCAAAGACGAUAAAUGUAGAUGAUAAUAAUAUUGUUUAUACAUCACCAAAUCAAGACAUUGAACGUAAUGAUGUAUUGCCUGAGUUGAUAGAAGCAAUAUUUACAAACGGUGAUAACAAUUAUUCUGAUACAAGUAAUAAGUCUUUAAGUAAAAACGUGGAUGACAAUUUCAUUAACACUGUAGCUACGUGGGCAAUAAAAUAUGGAAUCACUCACUGUGCACUGAUAGCACUUUUGAACAUUUUAAAUAUUUUUACAAAUACAACGUUUCCGAAAGACCCCAGAACUCUUUUACAAACUCCCAGAAAUACAGAUGUUACAAUGAGUAAUGGUCAAUAUUGUCACUUUAAUAUUAAUAGUAUCGUGCAAAACAUAAUAUAUGACAUAAGAGAAAGUGGUAUAAAUGUUUCCAUAUUAGAUUUGCUUAUUAAUAUUGAUGGAAUGUCUAUAUCUUGGUCCUCAAACGCUUGUUUUUGGCCUAUUCUUUUAUCAGAAAAUGUGUGUGGUAAAGUAUAUGUUGCAGGACUGUAUUAUGGGUAUACUAAACCAAAAGAUUGCAAUGAGUUUCUAUCGAAGUUUGUGUCUGAUAUAAAACCCUUAAUAACAAAAGGAUAUAUUGACAACGAUAUAACAGUUAAAGUAAAUAUAAGUGCAUUGAUUUGCGAUACACCGGCCAAAUCGUUUGUUCUUGCAGUGAAGAACCAUACGGGAUUCUUCAGCUGUACAAAAUGUACCAUAAGGGAUGAAUGGCAUGGACGUGUAUGUUUUCCUGAAAUAAAUGAAAAUAUCCCGUUGCGAACAGAUUUAGAAUUGGCAAGUAAUAAAUAUAUGGAAGAAUAUCAGCAAGGGAAUUGCAUAUUAAAUGAAAUAGACAACUUUGGAUUAGUUUCGUGUGUACCACUUGAUUAUAUGCAUUUUAUUUAUUAUGUUUAGGAGUAAUGCGAAAAUUAAUACGUUUAUGGUUAAAACAUAUAUUUCCAAAAAGAAUUGCCAAAAGCUUUAGCAAACGAAUUUCUGAACUGCUACGAAAUAUAAGAUCAACUGUGCCAUCAGAAUUUAAUAGAAGACCUAGAUCUCUGGACGAUUAUAAGCUAUGGAAAGCUACAGAGUUUAGGACGUUCCUUUUAUACUUAGGACCUGUUGUUUUAAAAGGUAUUUUAGACGCAGACAUGUACAAAAAUUUCUUAACGCUUCACGUUGCUAUUUCAAUAUUGUUAAAUAAAACCUUUUGUAAGGAAGAUCAUUAUUUAGAUUACGCAGGAAAUCUAUUGAAGCAUUUUAUUUAUACUUUUACAAAACUGUAUGGUAAAGCAUAUGUAUCUCACAACAUACACAAUCUACUACAUUUUGUCGCAGACGUAAGAAAAUUCGGAAUAUUAGAAAACUUUAGCUGCUUCAGGUUUGAAAAUUACAUGGCGACAGUUAAAAAACUAUUGAGAAAAGGAGACAAACCAUUGCAACAACUUUCAAGAAGACUUGGCGAAAUAGAAAGUGUAAAUACGAAAUGUGGAAAAAUAAAAGUUUCAGGAAUAGUUUUAGAAAAGCAACAUUUUGAUGGUCCUCUGCACCGAAAGGAUAAUAUUAUAGGUCAAUACAAAACAUUAUGCAACUCAUUAUAUAUGAUCCACUGCGGUGAUGAAAGAAAUAAUUGCUGUAUAUUACAAAAUGGAGAGUAUGUAGAAAUGGAAAACAUUAUUCAAUGUGAAGAUGAAACAAUAAUUGUAAUUGGGAAACAGUUAUUGAACGUACAAGAUUUAUAUGACGUACCUAUGAAGUCUUCAUUUUUACACAUAAACAUUGUGAACAAAAAUAAUGAAAUGCAAACUUUAAAUGCAUGGACUCUUAAUUAUGUGGCAGGAAAAGCUUGGAAAAUUCCGUAUGGUGAACAGUUUGUUGUGUGUUCUCUAAUACAUACAUAUAGAAAUUAAUGUACAUACAAAAUGUAUAUAAUAGUUGUUAUCAGCGAUCCAUUGUUAAUAAAUAUAUAAGUUAGUUAAUUCUAUAGUGAGAUGACCUAUACUGGAAGCAGAAAUAUGACCACAAGGAAGACUUUUAGUAUUAUUGAAUUUGAGGAUAAUCUGGCAAUAGUACCUUUAUUUUGGUUCAACAACGAUGAAACAAAAUGCUAUUAUCCCACGUUUCAGGAUCCAACAAAAGUAAAAAAGGCUAUUGCGUCGCAAUUUUUUCCUGAAUAUAACACAAACUGGAAAAUGUAUGACGUAUUAAGAAUCUUCUGUAGAACAAAUUCAUACAAAACAGCAAAAGAAAAACUACUUCUGGCUGAACAAUUAUCAGAUUUCUCAUCUUCAGUGCCUGAAGAAGAUACUGAAUCAGAAGAUGCGAAAAAGAAAAGAAAUCGAGACAUAUACGAGCUAAAAGAAGUUAUUUUCCAUCAGAAGAUUAUGACAUCGACUCUGACGAAAGUCAGAAAUGUAAAAAAAUACCACUUUUUCCAACAGUUCCUGAAAUAUUAUACGUUACAAAGAACCAAAUGUCUGCAAAUGAGAAGUUUAUUCCACCGUUAUCAGCAGCACGAUGUGAAUCUGAAUGCGAAAUAAAUCCUGCUAUACAGACUAAAAGUUUAUAUAAAGGAGCCACAAUAAGUAAAAACACAGAACGGAAAAUCUCGUAACAAUCCGUCAAAUGAUAAUGAAUUUGAAAAAGAGGUCCUAAGGAAAUUGCAGUUGUUACUUAACAAAAUAAAUGCUGUAGAAAAUAGAAUGGUCUUGUUGGAAUCAUCAUGUGCUAUGCGGCAGUUUAAUCAGGAAGUAACAAAUGCUAUACAGUAUGCAGAUUAUGAUCUGCCAUUGCAAACUAUGCUGACAUUAAGACGAAUAGAAGAAUUAUUAAAAAAUAGUUCAUUCGCAGAUAAACUGAUAAAAAUAUUGUGGAGUACAGUAUGUCAUUAUUGAUAUGUGAACAUACUGAAACAAGUGGGUAGAGUGAAUUUAUCUAAUAUAAUCCAUAAUGUUUUAAAAAAAUUACUUUGCGACAAUAUUGCACAAAAUUUUAGUUAUUUGGGGUAGCGAAAAAAAAGUAAUUUCAGUGCUCUCAAGCUAUGCACAAUCUUGAACAGAGUGGUACGAUUUCAUAAACCGGAAGCAAGUGAUGCAGAGAUUGCCGAAAUCACAUCGGGUUGGCUAGUGCAUGCUAAGUGGCGACAGCAAAGAGAGGAGAAAAAAGUGAUGCAGCAACAGUAGCGCGAAGCAGAACCCGACGAAGAAGUUGCGACCUAAUCUUUAUAAAUUAUAAUAUUUUAUUAACCUUCCUGAACUCUCCCUACGAUUUCUCAGAUUGACGGGCUCAUUUUUUUUAUUUACUAAAUAUUUUCUUUUCUUUAUUUUUUUUUAAAGACAUCCUGAAAUUGAGAGGAAACCAAAGUUUAUUCUAAAAACAUGACAAACCUUGCAUAUUACAUUGUUUUUAUGUAUAAUAUAUUUUAUUUUGUUUAUUUUAUUUUAUUGAUUUUUAUUUUAUUGAUUUUUAUUUUAUGUAAUUGUUUCCUUACAUUAUACUUUAUUUUAUAACAAUUGAUUUCACAUAAAAAGUGAAUGUCAUUAAAUAAGAGUUACUUCAGAAAAGUAAAGUUUCUAUAAAAUA